UCAGGCACCACUCAACUUACUUAUAAGCAAAGGCAGCUGUACCAGGCAGGAAACCUUGCUGAGGCUUCACCAGCUGCGGCCUUUUCUCUGACACUGCUUGACCGGCACCUCUGCUGCGAUGGGGAGGCAGAAGGACAUCCUUUCUACCAUUGAGGAGCGCCUCAGGAUCAGAAACAAGCUAGUGCGGCAAGCGCUGGCUGAGUGCCUGGGGACCCUGAUCCUGGUGCUGUUUGGCUGUGGCUCCGUGGCACAGACGUUCCUCAGCAGAGGGUCUCAUGGAGGCUUCCUGACUGUCAACCUGGCCUUUGGCUUUGCUGUAACGCUUGGCAUUCUGAUCGCAGGGCAGGUAUCAGGUGGGCACCUGAACCCAGCUGUCACCUUUGCCAUGUGCUUCUUGGCCCGGGAGCCCUGGAUCAAGCUACCAAUUUAUGCCUUAGCUCAAACCCUGGGGGCUUUCCUUGGAGCUGGCAUAGUCUUUGGGCUCUACCAUGAUGCCAUCUGGGAUUUCGACAAGACUGAACUGACUGUAGGAGUGAAUGGCACAGCUGGAAUCUUUGCUACCUACCCAUCUCCGCAUCUGAACCUUGUGAAUGGAUUCUUUGACCAGUUCAUUGGCACUGCCGCCCUGAUCGUUUGUGUCUUGGCUAUUGUCGAUCCCUACAACAACCCUGUCCCCACUGGGCUGGAGGCUUUCACAGUUGGCUUUGUUGUCCUCGUUAUUGGAACCUCCAUGGGCUUCAACUCUGGCUAUGCUGUCAACCCUGCCAGGGACUUUGGGCCUCGUCUCUUCACAGCCAUUGCUGGCUGGGGCACUAAAGUGUUUUGGACUGGUCAUCAGUGGUGGUGGGUUCCAAUUGUUGCUCCUUUCCUUGGGGCUAUUGCAGGAGUGACUGUCUACCAGCUGAUGAUUGGAUGUCAUGAUGAGCCUUCUCCACCUGCCUGUGAGCAGGAAACAGUCAAGCUGUCUAAUGUAAAGCACAAGGAAAGGGUCUGAGGAAGCUGCCAUCCAGAUCUGGCAGAUAUUCGUUACUCAGGACUGCAGCUGGCAAAGAGGAAGGAGUUAAGAAGAGCUUCAAGAACAACAGGAAGACCUAUUUUUCCUGUCUUGAGAUAUUUUAGUUUUUUUGUGUAUAUCCCCAGUGCAUUUUCUUUAGGCAUUUUCCUGUGAGCGUUUCCCCAAAUGCAGUAUCAUGUAAUCUUUCCCUAGUAGAAGGGGGUGGAGGACUGUAGGAGUCAGAGAAGUGGGCAUUACUGCCCAGCACCUGCAACAUGGGCCAGGUAUUCAGGAAUCUGGAGCUCUUUUAGUCUGUGUUGCUGGCCUUGCCUGUGAACCUGGAAAAACUGCUUUUCCCUGUAGAGUAGGGAUCACGCAAAACUUAAAUUGUUCUGCUAGCAUGGAAUGGAAACUCCUACAUCCUUGAAAAGAAUUUGCCCGUGAGUCUACUGUGGAUCAAAUUCAUGCUUGGUGUUGCUCUAAAGUCAAUAACUUGGCACCAGGAAUGAACUUGUCUGAAGGAUUUCUAUUGGCCAAACUGUCUAUAUUUCCCAUGAAUUCCUAGAACAUCGUUUCAAUCAACUGAUCUAUAGUGUCAGAGCAGAGAGUGAGAAUGCUCUGGAUUUUAAUUUAAUAUUAAGUGUUUACAAGCCACUGCGCCCUGGUGUUCUAAUCAGAAUUGUUAACAUUGCCAGCUCCUAGAAGAUAACAUUGGAUAUCUGAAAUCAUUGUUCUAGCCAGAGGCUAACCUGGAAAGAAAGCUUGGCUCCCUGUAACAGCCUUUCUAAUUAAUCAGCUUUGUAUAUAAACUGCAAGCAGCUAAUAGCCAAGUCCCACUGGAAACAUGGUGUUGCUACAGUGGUGUGUGUUCAUGUGAAUUUUACAAUAGUGUUUUGUUUUGGUAUUUUUUUAAUAGAUUUAUAUAAAUAUACUCCUUAAAGCUGUUACUAAAUACCAGGGUUGGGAUGAGCUCAUUUAAAGAUGCGUGGGAGCUGCCUAGUCUCUGACAGCUUUGAGAUACUGUUGUUUUUCUCGGGGUGGCCUUAGAUUGUGGCAUUAUGUUGCUGGAGUGCCUCUUUUUCUACCUAUGGGAGUUACUGGGGUACCCCUGGUACUCAUGGCUGAGAGGCUGAGGUCAGGCACCUCCUGUACUAGCAGUGCUGGCAUCUUAGGGGAUUUCUGGCUCUCCCAAUACCAUAUUACUACAGAGUAUUUGAAAAAAGCAGCAUCGGUUGUGAAAGAAUUUAUAAGUCACAUGCAUUAAAGAAACUCUUUCAAAGCCUGUUUCUUUAAUGUGUGAAUUCCUUGUAACUUUGUGCACAUUUCCGGUCGCUAAAAUGAUGUAUUCUUUUUUGGGUUUUUU